GACGCGUUCUAUUUUCGAUCACAGGGUCGCACGAGAAAUUUCUCGCGGAACAUCUCGCCGGUUUGCCCAGUCCCAGAGUCACGCACACUCUUGGGCGCUCCCAAGGCGUAACCGCUUCUGCUCCGGCUGAGCAAUUUCAGCAACCCGUGAAACUCGGUCGACGCAGCAGGACCAGAGAGAGAACGCGCGUGCAAGCCCCCUCCGUCGGUCCGCGCAGACUGCCCACGAGCACAAUGCAGCAUCCCCUCACGGGCGGAACGUGCGUCGCCCUGCCUAACGUAGACAUGUGUCCGCAGCUCUCCUGUGCCUUGGCUUUCAUGUACUUACAGCAGGGUAAUCAGGACACCCCAGCGCCCCCGGAACCCAUGGCCCAGCCGUACCCCUCGGCCCAGUUCGCCCCCGCCCAGAACGGCAUCCCCGCCGAGUACCCGGCAUCUCACCCGCACCCGGGCCCGGACUACCCGGGGCAGACUCCGGUGCCAGAGCACCCCCUGAACAUGUACCCCACGGCACAGACACACAGCGAGCCCAGCGCAGACACCAGCGUACAGACUGUCUCCGGCACCGCCACACAGACAGACGACGCAGCACAGACAGACAGCCAGCAACAGACACAGUCGUCCGAAAGCACGGAAAGCAAGACACAGCCCAAGAGGCUCCAUGUCUCCAACAUCCCUUUCAGGUUCAGAGAUCCAGACCUCAGGCAAAUGUUCGGACAAUUUGGUAAAAUCUUAGACGUUGAGAUCAUUUUUAAUGAGAGAGGAUCGAAGGGUUUUGGUUUCGUAACUUUCGAAAGUAGUGGUGAUGCGGACAGGGCCAGGGAGAAAUUACACGGCACGGUGGUAGAAGGCCGUAAAAUAGAGGUAAACAAUGCAACAGCACGAGUAAUGACAAACAAGAAGACAGUCAACCCAUAUGCAAACGGCUGGAAGUUGAAUCCUGUCGUGGGUGCAGUCUACAGCCCAGAAUUCUAUGCAGUGCCCGGUUUCCCGUACCCAGCUGCCACAGCGGCGGCGGCAUACAGAGGGGCACACUUACGAGGGAGAGGACGCACGGUGUACAACACAUUCCGCGCAGCUGCACCCCCACCACACAUCCCAGCAUACGGAGGUGUCGUGUACCAGGAUGGAUUUUACGGUGCAGAUAUUUAUGGUGGCUACGCUGCUUACCGGUAUGCGCAGCCUGCCACCGCUACUGCUGCUGCCUACAGUGACAGUUACGGACGAGUUUAUGCUGCCGACCCCUACAACCACGCACUUGCUCCAGCAGCCGCAUACAGCGUUGGUGCCAUGAAUGCUUUCGCACCCUUGACUGAUGCCAAGACCAGGAGUCACGCAGAUGAUGUGGGUCUCGUUCUUUCUUCGUUGCAGGCUAGUAUAUACCGAGGAGGAUACAGUCGUUUCGCUCCAUACUAAUAUCUAUUGAAACUCAAAGCGAAUCUUCCUGUGGGGGUAAAGAGAGAAUUCAGAGGCCUGGGUAUUGCAAUACAUGCAGUAGUGCACCAUUUUGGCAUCUCCUAAGAGAGAGGACAAAAAAACCGGAUAUUUUUCAUCUUAUACCUCAGAUAUUUUGUGCUGUGUAUUUUAAUAUUGUGGGUUUUUAAUUUCUAAAGAUUACAUAGAUUGAUGGCUGUAGAGGUUUCUGUGGUGAUCUAGAGAGCUGCUAGAUUUUAAAAAGAAGAAAAAAAAA